UGUUUUAGGUAAAUGCUGGGCCCAUGGCCUACGCCCGAGCCUUCCUCGAGGAGAAGAACGCCAAGAAAUACCCCGACAACCAAGUCAAACUCCUGAAAGAGAUCUUCAGGCAGUUUGCAGACGCGUGUGGUCAGGCCUUGAAGGUGAAUGAGCGUCUCAUAAAAGAAGAUCAGCUGGAGUAUCAGGAGGAGAUGAAAGCUCACCAUAAAGACAUGCUGACCGAGCUCUCCGCCAUCAUGAACGAGCAGAUCCCGUACACAAGACAACCCGGAACAGAACGGCAUAGUGCCAUCUGAGCUGCUAGUGAGUUUGAGAAACUGCUCACAGACGUUUUUAUCCAGCAUGGCUUGUGGGUUUUUCUGACUAGAGGGCGUAAAAAACUUGAUUUUAAUGAAAUCAAAAUAGACAAAAAGGAAAAGAAUUGCAGUUUUGGGGACGAAGCAGUAUGCCGUGUCUUUGCCUGUGUAACACACACACUCACUCAC